AUGGACUUCAAAAUACUCUAUGGGGCCUACGUCAGACCGCUCCUGGAAUACGCCAACCAAGUUGUCUACUCAGGACGCACGAAAGACGUCAUCCUCAUUGAACGUGUCCAGCAAGCUGCCACGAGAAUGGUUGUCGGCCUCAAAUCCGUGGACUGCGAAACGCGUCUCGCGAUGCUCGAUCUCUUUCCCCUGGAGUACCGUUGCCUCCCAGGGGACCUAAUUCUUACUUAUGCCCUGUUUGAACAAAGCUUGGCAAACAGGUUUUUUACCGUUGACCCAGCAAACACACGGCGGGGACAUAAACCACCGUGUGAUCCACCUCCGCCCUAUAGCCCACAAGGCUACUCAGCUGCCUAUCCCCAAGCCCCACCGCGACCCCCCCUGCAGUACCCAGCGCAAUAUGUUCGGCCGUAUCCAACCCAGCCUGCAAUGACAUACACAAACGUCGGAACAGUUCCUUACCCAUUGUCCCAACCUAUUGGUCAUGGUCCGGUUCCUGUUCAAGGCUGCCAAUUUGACGGAGGCGCGCGUUUCUCACCACAGUGCCCGCCCACAAUUCCACCACCCCCUCCAGGUUACGUUCCAAAUGCAGCUCAACAAUUAGCUCAGGCUGGGUACAAUAUCCAGUCUCCCUUGAAUAUCGACGAAAUUAAAUCAUGCCCAGAGGACAGUGAGGACUACGGAUUACCAGCGGAUGUGCGAUGA